AUGUCUGCAAUCAUGAAUGCUACCAAAAGCAAUUUAAACGCCAAUCAUGGCGGUUUGCUCGUUGUUCCUAGUGAUAAACGCGUCCGACGCCCCUCUCCAGCUUAUAGUGAGACAGAAAGCAUCUUCUCCAAAGUUUCAGAAGACCAUUCUGAUAUAACUUGCAACGAGCGCCAAAUUAAAUUCGUCCGCUUUUAUCCUAAGAUUCCGGGUCUAAUCCCAAGGUUCUUUGAUUGUUGCUAUGAAACCGUCGAGGUCUUCUUGACCGCCCCUUUUUUCAAUUCUAAAGUUGCAGAUGCUGCAGACUCUGUUGUAGGCAACUUCUUCCAAGAGACGAACAAAAUGCGGGGAAAUAUCUGGACAACGGUCGAAGACCUAGCCGGCAACAUCUUGAUGUAUCGUAUCCAGCACCCCAGUACACCGUAUGUCAAUCAUUAUGAAAACGAAAUUGAAGUGAUUGGCGACCAAUUUGGAGGCGCUAUCAGCGUUUACCUCCAAUUGACACUGCCCUGGUAUUUCCAUCCGAUGAAUAUUACCAAAAGUUUCGUCGUCUUCGCAGUCCUCCUGAUGACGGUUGACUUCUGCUACUGGGGCUUUGCUUGCGGGUUGGUUACCCAUCUACUCCUUGGUUUCCGACAUGGGAAACAUGACGAACAAUGGAAUGACAGAUAUGUUUGGUUUGGAUGCCUUUGUACCUGUAAAGCCGACUUGGCUGUACAGUUCGACGAAGACGACGAAAAGAGCGAAGACGAUGGCGACGGCGACCAAUAA